CCUUCUUGCUUCUCGUUUUUCCACCAUUUCCAUGGAUUUCUCGAAGCUUUCCGGUGGAAAUUAUGUGAUUCCGUCUCUCUUCUUCGCUGGAGUUCUCGCUUUAUGCAUCUGGUCUUCCUCUGUUUCCAAUCCUUUCAUGCUUCUUUCCAACGGACGCUAUUGCAGCAACACGAAGCUUCAAAAUCAGAGUAAUACCAGCAAUUUCGAUUCUGUUGCACCACGAGACGAGCUUGAAUCGGCUUUAGCCAGAGCGUCAAUGGCGAACAAGACGGUGAUAAUCGCUGUCAUAAACAAGGCGUACGCCAAUCAAGAACCGGAAGCCGUUACUACUAUGCUCGACGUGUUUCUCGACAGUUUCUGGCUAGGAGAAGGCACUCAAAGUUUGGUAAAUCACCUCCUCUUCGUCGCCGUCGAUCAGACGGCGUACGACCGUUGCCGGUUCCUUCGCCUGCACUGCUACCGACUGGUAACAAAUGGCGUCGAUUUCGGCGGCGAAAAGCUUUACAUGUCGGAGGAUUUCAUCAAGAUGAUGUGGAGUAGGACUGAGUUUCUUUUGGAAGUCCUCAGACGGGGAUACAACUUCAUCUUCACGGACACAGACGUAAUGUGGCUUCGAAACCCAUUUACAAAGCUAAGCUCCAACAAAACAGAGGACCUCCAAAUCAGCACCGACGGCUUCUCCGGCAACCCAUGGAGUGAAGAAAACAACUUCGUAAACACCGGAUUCUACUUCGUCCGAUCAAACAACAAAACCAUUUCCCUCUUCCGGAACUGGUACAAUCUGAAGGACAAUUCCACAGGGAAGAAAGAGCAGGACGUUCUUUUAGAGCUCAUCCAUGGCGGAAUCAUCGCUAAACUUGGCCUUAAAGUCCGAUUCCUUGACACCCUGUUCUUCAGCGGCUUCUGCCAAGACAGUCGGGACCCAAGGGAGGUAACGACGGUUCACGCCAACUGCUGUCGGAGCAUCGCCGCCAAAGUGGGCGAUCUCCGGACAGUGCUUUAUGAUUGGAAGAAGUUUCGGAAGACGAAUUCUUAUAAUGCGACGGCGGGGUUUAAGUGGUCGCCGCAUUUGGGGUGUGCGAAAUCGUGGAAAAGGUAGAAGCGGAGUU